AUGGGUAAGAGAAAGACUAAGAAGGUGGAGGUUAAAAAGAGUAAAGUACCAAAGUUGGAUAAGGAGUUUAGUUGCCCAUUUUGUAAUAAUGUUAAGACCGUUGGUGUCAGAAUGAACCAUAAAGAAAGAUUGGGGCAUUUAUCAUGUAGAGUAUGUGGUGUGGAGUAUACUUCUAGAAUUGGAAAAUUUGAUGAAGCUGUUGAUAUAUAUUCAAAUUGGAUAGAUAAAUGUUAUGAGGUAAAUAAUAUGGCACAGUCUACCUCCUCAUCUGCAACAGAUCAGUUAAUAAUGAAUGAAAAUGGAAGAUUAAUAGGAGAUAAUAAUGAUAUUAAGGCCACUCAAGGUGCAGGUAAUAGUGAUUUGGUAAAUAGUAUGAUUUAUUCAAGAAGUAAAAAAAAGAUUUCAUUUUCUAUGGAUGAUAAUAUUAACGAAGAUAAUUAUUCAAAUGAAAACUUGAGUAGAGAUUUGAGAAAUUUGAAUCCAGAUGAAGAUGAAGAGGAUGAUUAUGAAGAUUUGAAAGACUUCAUUGUAAAUGAUAAUGAGGAGGAAACAAAAAGAAAUGAUGAUAAUAAACAGUUACCACAAUUAUCUAAUGAUGAAAUAAUUGAAAAGAUGAAGAAGGAUUUGGAGAUCAACAAAUCUAGGAAGAUCAAGGAAGAUUCAGGUAUUUUUGAUAUAAAUGAUAUAACAAAAUCUUCAUCAAUGGCAAAGUCAUUUACUGUAAAUGAAGAUGAUGGUUUAUUUAGUGAUUAA